GCAUCCGAAUAAGCACAUCUAUGCAUUAACACACCUCGACCGCAUCGUUUGUUUGCCGGGACAGCUAUAGUUUUAAGGUACGAGGGGCGACCUGAGACAUACACACACCUUCUCGUUUAGCAAGAUGGCCAAGGCUGGAGCGACGACCAAGUCGGCGGGCCUCGUUCUCGCGAUGGUGGUGGUGCAACUGUGGGUGAUGCUGAGGAGCGCGGAGGCGACAACAUACGUGGUGGGAAACACCACCGGCUGGAGCAAUAAGGCGAACGGGGGGGCCUCCUUCUACUCUAGCUGGGCGAGCAGCCAUACGUUCAAGGUCGACGACAUUUUAGUCUUCAACUUCAUCUCUGGCCAGCACGACGUCGCCGUCGUCUCGGAGUCGGACUUCAACAGCUGCAGCACCGGUUCUCCAAUCAAUCUCCUGUCUAAUCCGCCGGUGAACUACACCCUCAACAGCACCGGGACCACCUACUUCACGUGCACCCACGACUCUCAUUGCUCGGAGGGCCAAAAGCUGUCCGUCACCAUUGGCACGGCUUCCGGCCCCACCAGCAGCCCGCCCAGCACCACCACUUCGCCUCCCCCGCCGCCUCCGUCCAAUUCCAGCACUCCGUCCAAUUCCAGCACGGGUCAUAUGUAUGUCCCAUACCUCGUCAUCUUCACUUCUAUGGCCAUUUCCUUGGUCUCGUGAUGCGGCAGGAGCGCUAGUGUUGAUUGACUAAGACUAUUGUUGCGAUACCCCUAUGUUUUAUCAAUUCUGUCCCUUGUUGAUGAGAAUAAAACUUGCUUAAUUUCGAUGUUA